CUCGAAAUGUGAAAUUGCUGACCUCCUUGCUAAAAUAUAUACUUAUCCCUGCAAUCGGGCUCUGUACCAAAGGACUGGAAAGUAGCAGCAAAUGUAACACCGAUUUUCAAGAAGGGAUCCAGGGGCGAUCUAGGAAAUUACAGGCCGGUUAGCUUAAUGUCCGUUCCAGGCAAAUUGAUGGAAAUCAUCCUCAAGGAUAAAAUUGUAAAGCACAUAGAACAGGCCCUGCUGGGAGAGAACCAGCAUGGCUUCUGCAAAGUUAAAUUUUGCCUCACAAACCAUUUGGAGUUCUUUGAGAGAGUCAACAAGUGUGUGGAUAAGAUGGGGUGUUCUUGGUCCAUGUUCUGCCUUUCUUUGUUCCUUUGUGGGAUCCUUGGAGAAUGCUUUGGAAUCACUCUUGUGCCCAAGGACAAACGUGGCUGGACCCUGAACAGCGCUGGAUACUUGCUAGGACCCCCCAUGAUUCCUCUCCCCAAAGCAGAUGCUCACCAGACAUUGCCAGAUAAAGGAGGUUUGGCUGGGAAGCGGGCAGCUAUGGAAGACCUGAUUUCGCUAGGGCAGGAUUCCUUUGCAGAUGCUGUACACCCAUCUGAUGACAGCACCCUCCAAACCUUGAUGGAUUUCCUCUCCUACCUUCGCCUCCGAGACCAAGGAGCUGUUCCCCGCCUUCCCCUCACAAUGUCGGAAGAGUCCAUGCAACAGUAGUGACUCCCCACCUGUGCCCUCCACAGCUGCUUGCUAGUAUUGCGACCCUCUCCUUCUCUCUCUCUCUCUCUCUCUCUCUCUCUCACAUGCACGCACGCACGCACACACACACACACACACACAGAGCAUUUUGUUAUAUGUGGCAGUAUAUUAAUCUACUGCCAAUCAUUUCUGUGUACCCUACUCAGCCACUCAGAUGCUUGCUCCGGAGUACACCCUCCUCUGCCCCACUUUCCCACCAGCACCAUUACCCAUUCUCGGCCCCUUUGACUCUCACUGUUGCCCAACCCGCCCCCGCCCCCAUGCAUCCUCAUGCACAGGCUUUGAAUUCCCCUUUUCCUAGGUGUAUCUGCAAAUCUUUGGGAACCAUGCUAGGCACACAGGUGCAUGCACACACUCAGGUUCCCUAUGCACUCACUUAUAAGUCAAUGAGGGCCUGUGCUGUCAAGGAGCAUGGCAAAAAAGAGGCAUCUGGUCAUGCAGACAUGCCUUACACUGGAGUCAGAAAUUUCCCCCUUUCUAGCUCUGUAUUGUCUGCACUACGGGUUCCGAGCACUGGCUCCCCAGAUGUGGCUGAACUACAACUUCCAUCACCCUCAAGCCAUAAUGACUUUUGGAUGAUUGGAGUUGAACUCCAACAUCAUCUGGGGACCUCUGGUCUACACUGACCAGCAGCAGCUCUCCUGGUUUGCAGAAAGAGAUCCAACCCUACCUGGCAGAGGUGUAUCUAGGGAAAAUAGCACCUAGGGCAAGCACUGAAAUUGUGCCUCCUGUCCAAACAUCUGACACCCAUCUUUCAGAUAACUUUACCAUAAUAUCAGCUGAAAAAUACAAGUCAAGCUCGUUAAUCUUUUAAUAUUUCAAAAACUAUUUAUCAGUGGACUUAGCCAGACCAAAAAAUGCUGGAAUACUACAAAUUUCAGUAUGCUAGGGCUCAUGAAAUACCCAAAUACUAUGUGGAGGUGUACUUGGAAAACUAAACAGAAGUGCCUGUCUAAUUCUCUACUAUGCAUUGUAGCAUCACUAUUACAUAAGUUUUAAAAAUAAAUGGAGAAUUUGACUUUUCCCAGAUACUCUGAAAAUAAUUAAAGGAUAAUACAGAGUAAACUGUGUCACUGCUUGGAAUAUAGUCUAGUAUUUCAGAAAGACAGUUAAAAUGAGAGAAAGAGAGCAAGAAACUCCCAGUGGGCCUUAAUACUAAGGAUUUCACACUGAUUCAAAGACAAACUCACCAUUAAUAGCCAUAUUAGCAAGACAUCACAUUUAACUCACUUAUCACAAGAAGCAAAGUAAGAGCAAAUGAAUACAAUCCUAGCUGAUAAGCUUCAGCUCAUUAUUCACAAGCCCUGAUUCUCUGUACAUAGCGCCAAACUGAAUAUGUGUACAGUGACAUAUUAUAUUAAUUUUUUAAAAAGGUUAUCUGUAGCCCCUUUGGGGGGCUUCCUAAAGGCCAUGGGGGGGGGGUCUGCAAAGGUUCCCCCUCCCCCCGCUGGCCUCUAGGGCCUUGCAGGGACCAUUUGAGCAUGUGCGGUGGCCAUUUUUAAAAAUAUUUUUUAAAAUGGCCACUACUCAUGCUCAAAUGGCCUCUGUGAGGCCCAGCAUGGCCUAGGGCCUCACAGAGGCCAUUUGAGCAUGCACAGUGGCCAUUUUGUUUUCAGCAGCCAUUUAAAAAUAAUAAUUUAAAAAAAUGGCACCCCCCUUCAAGUGGCGCCCAGAGCACGUGCCCUGCCUGCCCUACCCUAGAUACACCUCUGCUACCUGGAGAUGCCUGGGAUUGAAUCUGUGACCUUCUGCACGCAAAGUGUGUGCUUUACCACUGAGCGGCGGCCCCAUCAGCUAUAUAAUGCUCCUGUGCACAUAGAUCAGGGCUGCUCAACUUCGGCCCUUCUGCAGAUGUUGGCCUACAGUCCCCAUAAUCCCUGGUUAUCAGCCACUGCGGCUGGGGAUUGUGGGAGUUGUAGUGCAAAAACAGCUGGGCGGGGCCAAGCUGAGUAGGCCUUAGAUAGUGUCACACACUUGCCUAGCUAUGCUUACCUGUUGCCUCCAUGCUGGCACACACUAGGAUCAUCAUGCACAGCGCCCCCUGUGGGUGCCUCCUUUCCUUGGCUGCAUUUUCACUUUGAAAAAACCUGUUUCAACCUGCUUCAUGGGAAUGAAGAGUCCAGAUCUGGCGCCUGGGCUUGUGCACCAGAGAUUCAAGACUGGGAGGGGCCCUAUGCAUGGAUUGAUGGAAUAAACCUUUCUCUUCUAAA